AUGGAAACCAAAAUAGACAGCCGCCAUGCAAAGGUCUCAGCACCACCCACUGUUCAAUUCGACCCAGCUAGACACCUAGAGUUUUCUCCGCCAUCCACUAUCUUGCCCAUGAAAGACUUGGGCUACGACUCAACUGCACUCUCACCAGUGGCCGUGACAGAACCCUUCCCUCUUCUCUCACAUGAGGGUGUGCUUCAACAUCGACGCGAGCUCUUCAGCGAUGACGUCCUCGACAACUGUCUUUCUCACACAUACCCUGGAUCCGUCCAAUUGCGCGGAAUGGCACCUCGAUACGCGCCGUUUAUUCACCAGUUUUGGCAUUCCCCCGAACUGCUCAAGAUUGUGAGCGACUUGGCACAGGUCGAGCUCGUUCCGGCCAUGGACUACGAGAUUAGCCAUGCGAAUGUGCAGCUUGGGCCGGGGGGAAUUGAUGCUGUUAGGAAGACGCCAAUUGAGCCGCCAGCGGCCACGGCUACUGAGGAAAAUGGUGACUCCGAGGAGUCCGCCCCUGUAGAAAAUCCUGACAGAAAAGAGGAGAUUAUCAAGUGGCAUAAGGAUUCUCAUCCGUGGGUGUGUGUGGUCAUGCUAUCGGAUGCACGACACAUGGUGGGAGGGGAGACUGAGCUGUUGAAGGCCGAUGGAUCGAGUCUGAAAGUGAGAGCACCGCAGAUGGGGGGCGCCGUAUUGCUUCAAGGAAGAUAUAUAACACACACCGCGAUUCCCGCGACAAACAUGCCCGAAAGAAUUACCAUUGUGACAUCAUUUCGGCCCAAGGACCCGAUGCUCCUUGACGAAACGACGAAUGCGAAUGUCAGGAACAAGUCGCAGCUUUCGGAGCUGUACUAUCAGUGGACGACCUACCGUCUCGAGGUCUUGGCCGAACGGGCCCGUCUUACUCUCGCCAGCUUGCAAGAACGGUAUCGAGAGAAUGUAAAGAAGGCUGAUGCACAAGGCGAGGAAGGGUUCUGUCGGAUGGAGACGAUCAAUGUGCCAGAAAUGGAGAAAUGGGCCAAUGAACAGAUGAAAUAUCUGCAGCAAACGCUGUAUGAAAUGAGACCACUUACAGCGUGAUCUUAUCUUCUAAUACAACUUCCAUGUAAGAACGAUAUCAUGUCGACCAAAUACAAGCAAACCUCAUCCUCCUCGAGCGGGAAUGAAACCACUUGGAAAUCACGUGUGGUGUCUC